GGAGUCCAGAAAUAGGACGGGUUCGAAGUAGAACGGGUUCUUUCGAUCGUGGUUCCCAUCGGACAGUGGGAUGCGCUGUUUGGAGGUUGGGAAGAGAUGCCAUCAUGCAGGUGGGAAGCUGCGCCAUAGCUGAGGUCGCGGCAAAGCUGGAAAGCAGCGCUGAAGCAUGGGCUUUCAAGCUGAGGUCGCGGCGAAGCUGGAAAGCAGCGCUGGCGACUGAGAGCUUGUGUGUGCGAAAGGGAGUUCCAGACAUUAAGGUCUUUCUGGGUAGAAGUCCGACAGACCCAAGCCGCCCCAGAACUUGUGCUACGCUCAAGAAGCCAAACCUGGGGUUCCCUUUGGCGGACAAAGUCACCAAACCUUUCCAGGAGCUGUUGUAUGUGGCAGCGCAGCUGAUCGAGGUCAGCCCUCAAAAGCUCUACUCUGUGAUCGUAGGCAUUGAAAAGGACUUGAACUCUGCUGGCCAAAAUGAGGGAGAAGGCCACAAAGAGCAGAAUCUCGUGAGACUCGGCUGGAGAGGAUCUGCCGACGAUCAUUCCGAUGCGGAUGUGGAAGCAGAUGUGGAAUCGGAGCGUGGCGCAAAAGAGGCCAACAAAGCAACAGAGUUUAGGGUGAAGCAGGAAGAGGAUGUUGAUGAAGGAGGUGGUCUUGAGGCAAUCAACACACAGAAUUCUUUUCCACAUUUCCGCUAUUGAACCCAUGUAAUGGAUGUCCUUCCAGGGACCUUGUCCCAUAUGCACCGUUGAGUGGACCUAUCUCAAUGGUGUGACGGCUGAAACUGCUUUUUUUUAAUUCUUUUCAAAUUCAGAAAUGCAUUAAAAAAAUCCGCGUGAGAUACAAUGCAUUCUUUUUUUUUUCUUUCCCACAAUUGGAGUGGCAUACGUGACGCCCGAAGAGUCGCUCCGAUCCUAUGAAGAGUUGCCCUAUUCCCGUAGUUGACGGAUAUGUGGUCCUUCAAAGGUCGCACCAAAUUGCCCGUAGUUCACGCAUAUUCGGUCCUUCAAAAGUCGCAGGAAAAAAGCGAAGUACAAGCGACAUCACAGAUUUCUCAAAACAUAAUAGAAUAACAUUAAACAAAAAAAAAAACUCCAGGGGCGAGGUCCCACUAGCAACGGGAUAGG